UCGUCGCCGGCGGAAGCAUGGCGGCGCUCGCUCGUAUCGUGCUGGCGUUCUUGUGUUUUCUACCCGGAACUUUGCUCCAAUACACGGAUACAGAUUUCCAGUUCGACCCAGCGGUUCUCAGUAUUCUAGAGCGGUCAGAGGAUAACGUAACCAUCCUCUACACCGGGCCGAACUCGACAGAGUUAAUUUUUUUGAAGGUGUCGUCUGCUAGCACAGAGGUGGCAAUGAACCUGGGCCAGGACACGUUCAACUUGACCGCCGUGUCCAACAACAGUUUAUCGAUACCGGUACAGGGUGGACAUAUCGGGAUCACGACCUUGGACUUCACGGUGAACUCAGGAGCGAGUGCUACCGUUCUCGACUACACCGUCAAGGUCUACAAAGCUCCCAACGCGAUAGGCGCAGCCCUGAACUAUGUCAUCAUCCCGUUUUUGGUCCUCACCUCUUUCGCCAUGGGCACGGCAGUAGAGUGGCCUUUGGUGGUCAAGGUGUUGAAGAGACCUUACGGAGUGGCGAUAGGAGUUGUGUCCCAGUUCGUCUUCAUGCCUCUUCUGGCAUUCAGUUUUUCCAAGGCGUUUUCCCUCAACGACGUCUAUGCCCUAGGUCUGCUGAUGGUCGGGUCGUCCCCGGGCGGCGGUAUGAGUAACAUCCUGACGUACUUCCUGGACGCCGACCUGCCCCUCAGCAUGACCAUGACGUUCGUGUCCACCGUGCUGGCGCUGGGCCUGAUGCCGCUCAACAUCUUCAUCUACGGGCGGGCGUUCCGGUUGAACAGCAUCAAAGUGCCCUUCCAAAACAUCAUCAUCUCCCUGCUCUCCAUCACCAUCCCCGAACUGCUGGGGAUCCUCCUGCGGCACAAGAAGCCGGCCCUCGCCGACAAGGUCAUGAAGGUCAUCCGGCCCUUCAGCGCGCUGUUCGUCAUCGCCCUGGUGGCUCUCGGGGUCUCCGUCAACCUCCACGUGGUCUACACGCCGUGGCAGGCCAUCUUUGCCGCGUUUCUGUUGCCGCUGAGUGGCUUCAUCAUCGGUUUUGGGCUGGCCAAGAUUUUCUGCCUCGACAACAACAGAGCCAGAACCGUCUCCAUAGAAACCGCAGUGCAGAAUGGGGCGCUGGCUUCCGCCCUCAUCAGGCUCUCGUUCCCACAACCGGAAUCAGACCUCUCGUUCACGGUGUCUUUUCUGAAUACCAUGUUUCAAGUCGGCCUCUCCCUUCUAGCCGUUGCAGUGUAUUCUAUCUACAAGUGUAAAAAGCCCAUCGAUGAAAAAGAAGAGAUGAAUAGUACUAAUAAGCUUGAGGACCAGCCUAGUAACGUCAACGGACAAGCUAACCCCGUUAUAAUGUCUGAUGUCGCCUUGAAAGAGUGAGAUCAGCAAAACUGCUUUCCUAUUGGGUGUGACGUCACAUUUGAGUGCAAAUGCACGUGACGUCACAAAUUGUGAGUACAAAUAGUCAAUGAAAGUCCAAUAUGGCGACCGGUCAUUCCAUUGAAAGAAUUCAUAUU